AUGUCUAAGCAUAUAUCAAACGCAACGCCGGCCAUCACCGCGAAACCUCGCGAAAAGGUCUUGCAUGCUGAUACAAUCGGACGCUCACUAUGCCAACGUCAAUUCCGCCCAGCACAAGAUCCACCAGCCUCGACAGCACCGCAUCCCUUUAACCUGAAACCGACCUUUCACACCAAAGCCCCAGCCCCGCAAUGGCUGGCAGUCCCGGGCCAGCACCUCCCCGGCAGCGCAACCACCUCCUCCGAAACCCUAAUGACCGAGUCGCAUCGGACAACCUCCUUCAGCCGCCGCAGUCCACCGUCGGAAAGCGAGCAUAGCAGCAAUUUGUCCGACUCCGCCUUGAAAUACCCUCGGGUCGUUAGUCUAGGGGGUACGGCCACAGUCCAGGACGCGGAGAGGCUAGCGGCCGAAUACGGACUUCCCUCGCAAAUGGGGCUGCUGGAUCCGAGUUAUACUAUAUUCGUGGGUUAUGAGGGACACGGAGGACUAUGCUUCAAGGUCUUGAAUAAGGUUGCCGUCGUAAUGGGGGACCCGAUGUGCAAUGCGGUCGAGAUUGCAGCCCUCAUGGCCGAAUUCAAGCUCUAUCGGCGCCGGAAAGGGUGGCGCAUGUCUGUUCUCGGCGCAGGGGCGAAUCUCGUCGAAUACUAUAUGGCUCGAAAGCGAAAGUCAACAAUCCUCAAGUUUGGAAACAAUCGCGUCCUCAACCCGCUGACCAACGAGGUCGUCCACGAGAAGAGCGGGAAACGCAUACUCACACAGAACCGACAGCUCCUAAAUCCCAGCAAGGGGGGUCUUAUGCUGGACAUCUACACCCCGUCUCUGCAUGGCACAGACUACAAGCUGGAGUGGGAGUUGAGUUCGUUAUACCACGAAUGGUGCAUCGCACGGAAUACCGCCGCCACUAAGGACAACAAACCACAAGCCUUUAUCACGGAAUACGAUCCUUUCCUCAUGUCCUCGCUCAUGACAUAUAUCUACGCCCGAGACGAACACGGGGGAGUUGCCGGCUUCGCAGCCCUUCGCUGGGUCGGUAUGAAGCAGGGCUACCACAUCGAUCCGUGCAUUGCUGCGCCCGGUGCAAAGCAAAAAGGCAUAACCGACCUUCUCCUGUUCGCUUCCAUGGCACACCUCCGCCAACUAAACAUCUCCUAUUUAAGCAUCGGCUAUGAGCCUUCCGAAUCCUUGCCCGACAUCUCACCAUCGGCGAUCCCGGUGUCCCUUGCACACCUAGCGGACAAACUGUAUCGAUAUACGUUCCAGCGUCUUCCACUCUCAGGAAAGAAGGCGUACUUUGACAAGUUUCGGCCUGAUGAUGCACAAAGUGAACCCGUCUACCUUAUCUUCCCGUCCAGAAUGCCUAGGCCGAGGGAUGUCGUGGCGGUCGCGCAUGUCGCCAAUAUCAGGAUCCGCAGGCUGCUGUUUCAUGGUGGGCGUGGGUUAUGA